CUUCACUGUCACGCGCUAACAUCCACAUGAUCCCAUUCACUGAUACACGUGGAGACUAUACACGCGUACCACCUAUUUACAGUCCACCUCAUAUAACUACAAACUCAAACCAACCAACUGGAUCUAAUGUUUCUGAGACUGUGCCUAAAUCGAAAGUGCCAUCUCGAAGAGGUAGACGAUCAAAUGUUCCACCUGAGAUCAGAGAGCAAACACGUCGAUUGAAGAAACAAAAUAUGGAACGUAGACGACGUGCAUGUAUCUCAGAUAAAAUGAAUGCAUUGCAUAAUUUGGCUAUGAAUCUAAUUGGAAUCAAUCCUGAUGAAAAUCAUAAAGUGGAGAAAGCUGAUAUAUUAAAUCUCUGUCACAGUGUAUUCGAAGGAAUAGUAAAUAUUGUGAAUGAUGAUCCUGAAUUGAAAUCACGUUUAAAGAAAUUACGCAACAACUUGGUUGAAUCAUUCACGUGUCCUUCAAUGUCAUCAACGAAGAAGAAUAUGCCCGCAUUAAGUACUGAUGAACCUAUACAAAAUUCUUUAAAAUUAAAACAAGAAAAUACUUCUAUGAAUAGACAUAAUGAUAAUUUGCACUACUGUCAGAAUUCAAAUUUAGAUCGUAAUCAAUUGUUCAAUGCACAAUCAUCCCCUUCAUCAUUUAACCUAUCAAGUUGUACAGAUUUUUGUCUAAGAUUUGAUGAAGAGAAUAAAGAAAACCAAAGAAUACAGUUGUAUACAGAAAAUUCCCUGUCAUUUGAUAAAGACUGCUCGUCUGUUGCUCAGUCAACCAGUUCAACAGCAAAUCCUCUAUUAAUAUCACCACCCCCACCAUCAUCGUCGUCGUUUUAUUCUUGUUCAACACCAGUGAAUAAUACACCCAUGAAAUCUGUUAUGUAUUCACAUGGAAAUAGUGUCUUCACAGCAUAUCAUUCAACGCCAUUACAAUCUACUGGAAUGAUACAUUCACCAUUAAGCAACUGUGACAGUGGUUAUCACAGUAGUGGUUAUACUACUACUACUAACAGUAAUAUGUAUAACAAUGAAUCCGAUGUCAAUAUUACUUCUUUUGAGGCUUCUAUAAAUGAACUGAAUGCUAUUCAGUCAUCAAGUGGUAUGUUAUUAACCAAUCCUAUGAAAGGUAUGACGUCAUCGUCGUCGCCAUCAAAACAUCACUGUUGCAAGUCAAUUCAUCAGCAUCAGCCUUCAAAGUACCGAAAAUGA